GGCCGCGCGGCGUGCAAGCAGAGCGCAGCCUGGCUCGGGGGAGGAGGGGAGGCCGCACCCCCAUCCCGCCUCCCCCCUGCACGGCCCUCCGCAGUGCUCCGAGCGCACGCGCACGCUCACUCGCUCACUGGGGGCGCCGGGGCAGGCGGGGCGCCUCUGACAUCAUCCGCUGACCCCCACCCCCUGGCAGAGGGGCGGUGGCCGCGCAGGCUCGGCCGGCUGGACGCACGGACAAACCGAGGGAAGGGCGCACGGUCAGGACAUGCCCGGGGAGGCUGCCCGCGCCGAGCUGCUGCUGCCGGAGGCGGGUGGGCCCGGGCCCCGCACAGAGUCAUCCUGUGAUGUGGCCGCGGCCUCCACCCCUAGAGGGGACCGGCUGGAGCACUGUGCCCUGAGCGCAGGACCUGGCCGCCUGGCCCUCGAGUUCCUGCCCAGCAAGCCGGGCACCCGGCCCCCACCGGAGGGAGCCAGUUGGGAUGUGGGGCCGCGCAGUACCCCCUCGGCCUGGGCGGUCCCUGCAGAAGCUGGCCCCGGCCCUGGGCCCCCCGAGGCCCGGCCCGCCGGGGGUCCCCUUCCAGCCACCCUGGAGCCCCGGAUCGUGAUGGGCGAGGAGACCUGCUGGGCACCCCUGCUGCCCAGGGCGGCCCUGCCAGAGCUCAGGGACCGGGAAGGUGGGCACCCCAGCCUGAACCCACCCCCCGAGUUGUGUUCUCAGGGUGACCCUCCUGUGCCUUGCCCUGCCCCAGACCCUGACUCCUACUUCACGCCUCCCUCCACCCCCACCGAGAUGGCCUGUGCCCCACUCCUCGGCCCGGAGCCCUGCAGGGAUGCCUGGGACACCCAGGCGGAGCUGGGGGACUCGCCGCCGGCCUCACCCUCGGGCUCUUACAUCACUGCUGAUGGGGACAGCUGGACCUCGUCCCCGUCCUGUUCCCUGAGCCUGCUGGCCCCGGCUGAAGGGCUAGAUGUCCCCUCGGGCUGGGGCUUCUCCCCACCAGGCUCUGUGGUAGAUGAGCAGGAGCUGCCCCCCGCCGGGCCCCCCGGGCCCCCGUCCCCGGAGUCCAGCAUCUCAGCGGACAGCAGCUCUUCCUGGAGCCAGGACGGCCACUUCUUCGAACUGGACUUCCUGGCCAACGACCCCAUGAUCCCCGCCUCCCUCCUGCCCUUCCGGGGCAGCCUCCUGUUUCAGGUGGAGGCCGUGGAGGUGACGCCGAGAGCCCCUGAGGAGGUGGAAGAGGAGGAGGAGGAGGAGGAUGCCCUAGACUCCACAGGGGACCCAGCCGGGGAGGGCGAGGAUGACAGCACAUUCGCCUCCUCCCUGCAGUCGCUGUCUGACCUCUCCAUCACCGAGGGCAUGGACGAGGCCUUUGCCUUCCAGGAUGACACCUCGGCAGCUUCAUCUGACCCUGACUCUGCCUCCUAUGCGGGGGCAGAUGAUGAGAGGCUGUACAGCGGGGAGCCCCAUGCGCAGCCUGCCGCCCUGCUGCACGACGGUCCUGGGGAGCCUGCUCCUGGGGUCUCCGAGGGAGAGGCCAGCCAGGAACGGGGUGCCCAGGAGACGGGGUCGGCCCCUGCUUCAGACGGGGUGUCUGCUGCUGCCACUGCUUCAGCCCCUCCCGCCCAGCAGGAAGCCCCAGACCUCACUGAGGUGACCUCUCAGGCAUGGGGGGAGGAGCCAGUCUCCAUCCCAGGUCCAGCACCUGCCGCGGGCACGCCUCUGCCCUUGUGGUUGGAGGACCUGGCCCCUUGCACUGCCCCAGAAAUGGGCCUCACGGCAAGCCCACACUCUCCACAGACCAUGAAGCAAGAAGCAAGCCAGGACCCUGACUCUGUGGCCCCACCCUGGUCCCCGCAGGACACAGGCCUCCCCUCAGGCCGAGGAUCCACCCCUAUAGCCGGCCUUCCAACCCUGCAUGUAGAUGCAGACUGCACCCCAGGGAUCAAGCCUGUGGUCAUCACAGCCCAGCAGGAAGAACAAGUGACAUUGGAACUGAGGCCGGCACCUGAAGAGAGGGACACAAGCUGCACUGGAGGUCUGGAACCUCUGGCCUGGAACGAAGCCCAGCCGGAUGGCAGCCUGGUGGAGCUGGCUGCAGACACUGGGACACUCUGGGCGUCAAGGGGAACUGCAGGCACCCCCAAGUCUGCCACGGAGGCUGCAAACCCCCCACAGCCUGUCACAGAGGCCCCAGAAUGCCCUGAACCUGCCACAGAGGCCACAGACCUUCCACAGCCUGCCACGGAGGCCCCAGAAUACCCCAAGGUUGCCAUGGAGGCCCUGGAGCACCCCAAGACUACCACAGAGGCCACAGAACACCCUGAGUCUGCCACAGAGAUCCCGGAACACCCUAAGUCUGUCACUGAGACCCUGGAACAUCCUAGGCCUGCCACGGAAGCCCCAGAACACCCUGAGCCUGUCACAGAGGUUCUGGAACAUUCUGAGCCUUCCACAGGGGCCCCAGAACACUCUGAACCUGUCAUGGCGGUUCUGGAACAUUCUGUCACAGAGGUUCUGGAACAUUCUGAGCCUGCCACGGGGGCCCCAGAACACCCUGAGCCUGUCACAGAGGUUCUGGAACAUUCUGAGCCUUCCACAGGGGCCCAAGAACACUCUGAACCUGUCACAGCAGUUCUGGAACAUUCUGUCACAGAGGUUCUGGAACAUUCUGAGCCUGCCACGGGGGCCCCAGAACACUCUGAGCCUGUCACAGAGGUUCUGGAACAUUCUAAGCCUGCCACUGAGACCCCAGAACACUCUGAACCUGUCACAGCAGUUCUGGAACAUUCUGUCACAGAGGUUCUGGAACAUCCUGAGCCUGUUGCUGAGACCAUGGAAUACCCAGAGCCUGCCACGGAGGCUCUAGAACUUCCUAAGGUUGCCACAGAGGCCCCAGAACACCCAGAAACUGCCACAGAGGCUCCAGAAUUUCCUACACUUACCACAGAGGCCCCAGAACACCUUGAGCUUGCCACAGAGACCCUGGAACACCCAGAAACUGCCACAGAGGCUCCAGAACUUCCUACACUUACCACAGAGGCCCCAGAACACCUUGAACUUGCCACAGAGACCCUGGAACAUGUUAGGCCUGACACAGAAGCUCUAGAACUUCCUAAGCCUGCCAUGGAGGCCCUGAAACACCCAGAGCCUGCCACAGAGGCUCUAGAACUUCCUAAGCUUGCCAUGGUGGCUCCAGAACCUUAUGAGCCUGCUACAGAGACCCCAGAACAGGCUGGGCCUGCCACGGAGGCUCUAGAACUUCCUAAGCUUGCCACAGAGGCCCCAGAACACUCUGCGCCUGCCACGGAGACCCUGGAACACCCAGAGCCUCCCAUGGAGACUCUAGAACUUCCUAAGCUUGCCAUGGAGACUCCAGAACACUCUGAGCCUGCCACAGAGGCCUUGGAACACCCAGAGCCUCCCCUGGAGACUCUAGAACUUCCUAAGCUUGCCAUGGAGGCCCCAGAACCUUCUGAGCCUGCCAUGAAGACCCCAGAACAGGCUGGACCUGCUGCGGAAGCUCUAGAACUUCCUAAGCUUGCCACAGGGGCUCCAGAAUACCUUGAGCCUGUCACUGAGACCCUGGAACAUCCUGAGCAUACCACAGAGGUUCUGGAACAUUCUGACUCUGCCACAGUGGCCCUGGAACUCCCUGAGCCUACCACAGAGGACCUAGAAUACCCAGAGCUUGCUGUGGAGGCCCCAGCACCUCCAGAACCUGCCAGAGAGGCCCUAGAAUGCCCCAAGCCUGUCUCGGAGACCACAGUCCCACCCAUGCCUGCCUCCACUGAAGAGGAAGCAGCAUCCAAGUGGGGAGUCCAUCCUGGGGCCGGUGUGCGCACUGUCAAUGCAGCUGGGCCCUGCUUGGCCCCAAAGGAGGCACCCCUCACCCCCUGCCCUUGCCAGGGCCCCAGGGAAGACUUGGUGGAGGGCAAGGAGCCCCCGGGCUCUCCAGGUCUCCAGCCACCACGGGCAGGAGCCCAGCGGGCAGCAGCUGCCUUCUCAGGAACCAUGAAGCCUCCAGGGACUGGGCAUCGAGUGGGCCUCCCGCCCCACUCCCCCCUCCUCAGCCCCAAAACGGCCCCCGCGGGGAACACCCAUGCCAAAGACCAGGCCUGGCGGAUCUCGCCCCCCUGCCAAGUGCCUCCCAGCCCCCGAGGGCCCCCAGCCUUCGAGCAGCCUGAUGACCAGGACAGCUUGGAGGAAGACUCGCCACCCAGGGCCCCGGGAUCCGGCCAGGGAUCGGCCCAGCACUCCGACAGCCAUGGGGAGUCGUCGGCAGAACCAGAGGAGCAGGACCUGUCGGGAGCACGGGGCGCGCAGUGCCCAGCUCAGGCCCCGGCAGGCGGUGGCAGUGAGGAGACGGUCGCCAAAGCUAAGCAGAGUCGCAGUGAGAAGAAGGCCCGAAAGGCAAUGUCCAAGCUGGGCCUGCGGCAAAUCCAGGGUGUCACCAGGAUCACCAUCCAGAAGUCCAAGAACAUCCUCUUUGUCAUCGCCAAGCCAGACGUCUUCAAGAGCCCGGCCUCAGACACCUACGUGGUCUUCGGGGAGGCCAAGGUCUGGCUGGCCGCAGCUCUGCCUGCCCAGGCCCACCACGGGCUCCUGGAUGGCCCAGGCCAUGGCCAAGUCUGA